AUGCUGUUCCAGAAUAGGGAAGGGUCUAUUCCGGCCUCAUGGGCCUGGAAGAAGAUCAUGCGCUUUGCCAUCAUCACCGUCGCCGUCAUUGGUUUCGCCGCCUUGCUUUGGCCAUCCUCCCCACCUCGCUACAAUGCGAUGCACGCCUACUCCAACGUGACUAUCUCCUCAAACGUCGAGUGCGACCUUGACGUCGAAAUGCUGCACCGCCUCGACGUGCGAAAGCUGGUCGCCUACACCCGCCGUGAGAUGGUUCUGGACUUCACUGCGGACCCACUCCCCAUCCGCCAGGGUAUCAAGCAGCCGCUGCUGGAUACAAAGUGGAAGCCUUCGGCCUCUGAGCCCGAGCCUGGGCAGUCGCUGGAUGGCUGCACAGUCAGGACGCCCAUGCAGGUCCAGGUGGUCCAACCGCCCAAGAUGGCGGUGGCUCCGCACAUCGACUUCGGAGUCGCCACUUCAAUUGGAAGAUUAAACGAUUCGCUUGACCAGUUCGCCCACUGGGCUGGGUACACACGCACUCGCAUAUUCGCUCUGAUUGAGCCCGACGAGACCAAGGAAGGGGUCGCAUAUGUGAGGGCCAAGGCGGAAAACCUGGGAAUCAACCUUUUAAUCACCGAAUCCGAGGAUGACUACCUGCACCGCUACUUUGCGCUCAUUCCCCUCUUGGAAGAGCACACGCGGGAGCAGACACAGUGGGCGUGCAUUAUCGACGACGACACCUUCUUCCCCUCCAUGUCCGCGCUAGUGGACGCCCUGGCUAAAUACGACCACACCAAGCCGAUGUACAUCGGCGGUCUCUCGGAAGGCACACCCCAGAUUGCAGUAUUCGGAAUCAUCGCGUUCGGAGGCGCUGGCGUUUUCCUCUCGCGACCCUUACUAUCCGACCUGGCAACCGUCUACGACGAGUGCGAACAGAUGACAUACACCGGCGACCGCCGUAUCGCCAACUGCAUCUAUCAGUACACCACAACUCGCAUGACGAUCGACCACCGCCUGCAUCAGCUAGACUUGAUGAAAGAUGCGUCUGGAUUCUUCGAGUCAGGCCGCGAGCUCCCGCUCUCGGUACACCACUGGAAGUCGUGGUUCAAUGCCGACAUGCCCAAACUUAGCGUGAUCUCAGAACUGUGCGGCGACACUUGCCUUCUGCGCCAAUGGCAAUUCUCCGAUGGCUACCUACUAACCAAUGGGUUCUCGGUUGUCAAGUACGGAUUCCCGCCUGAGUCGGGUGACCUUUCCAUGGAAAUGACAUGGGAGCCGCACAACGGCGCAAAUCAGGAAUCGUACCUUCACGAGCUGGGUCCUCUCCGCCGAAAGGACGAAAUGAAAGAAAGCUAUCUUCUCCAGGAUGCCAAGGUCGAGGGGAACGGCCACGUUACUCAGUGGUAUGUCAAGCGGGACUCGAUCCUAGGCGACGAAGUUUUGGAAUUGUCAUGGCGCAAGCGGUAA